AUGAAUGUGGUUCUGUCUCGGCCCUGGAUGAACGUGCAGCUCUACAUGAGCGGGCUGACGAACCUGACCAUGAUGAGCAACACCCCGCGCUGCCUGCGGAUCCUCGGCGUGAUGCGCCGCUGCGUGGUGAGCGUCUUCGUGCUGAUGUUAAUGCGUUGGCUGAGCCAUUGGUUUCCGCGACGGGGGAUUGCAAUUCGGCGUUUGACGACUCAUUGUACGACGAGCUUCUACACAAUGAGCGUGUACACUCGCAUGCACCGCCUGCUGACCGACAGCACGAUGAAGAGCUGCCUCCUGAUGUAGUUUUCUGUUGGUGCGACGCCCCCCGUCAUCUACCAGUCCGUGGUGCGCUUCAUUGUGGUGGCUCCGAUUCGCUCCGUGGCUUUAUCGACCCUGCCGCAGACGACUGGUCGGUCCCUGGUGCGUCUUCUUUACGACGCUCAGACCUUGUCCAACUGCACCGCUGCAGUGCCUCACUCGCAGUCCUGGGUGCUGCUCUAGC